AUGUCGGUAGAUUCAUAUUCAUCUGAUCAUCAUAUUGAUAAUCAGAUUAAGAAGUUAUCUUUAACUACAACAAUAUCAGGUAACAACACCAACACUAACACUGACAAAAUGAAAUCUUUGCAUAGUUCAACUGGUAGUACUACUUCGACUUCUACUACUACUAGUAGUUCAUCAAUAUUAGGCGGAUCAAAUGUAACAUCAGAAGGGUAUCCAUUUCCAAUAUAUUCCUUCUUUGAAGAGAUCAUGGAGAAACCAGAAGAAGACGAAGAACAAGAGCAACACGAUUUACUACAUGAUCUUUCACAUCAUGAAAAGCUAUAUACUGACGAUCAUCCAGAGCCAGAAUUAUUAGCCAUAUCAGAAGGGCAAACCAUGGAUGGUCGCAUGAUACCGUCUACAUCAAGUAUUUCAUUACUUUCAUUAAAUCAACAACAUCAACAACAACAACAGCAUGACUCUGGGGUUUCUCCCAAAUACAAUCAUUUCUUUCAUCAUCAUAUUCCUCAUCAACCAUUCCCCCCUUUGGAUAGAAAGAAUUCAUUUGGACAAAAGAGAAAUUCACUUACUCAUAAUUUAAAUCAACAAAGAUUACAAACUUAUCACAAAGCACCAUCACCACCUACAAUCCAAUGUAAUCAGGAAUAUGUAUUUACUCAUUCUAAUUCAAAUGGGCAGUCAGUUCUUAUACAUCAAUCAGCCAACAAUAACCACAACCCUCUUUUGAAAGAAGAAGAUGAAGAAGGAUUAGUACCUGAUUCACCAAAUUUGGAUCCUAUUUCAGUAGGAGGAUCACCUUCAAGAUUCUGGCUUACUUCAGGUACUCCACCUCGAUCAUUAAACAGUUCUUACAAUACAAGUAGAACCCAAUUAUAUCCAUUACAAUUCGUACAUCAAGAUAAUACCCAGCAACAACAACAACAACAACAACAACACAUACCACCAUCCACCACUACUGCAACAGCAACGGCACAGCAUACCCAGAAUCUUCUACAUUUACAACAAAACCUAAAUCGAUACCAAGCACAACUGUUACAUCGUCCCCAUCGGUCGAUAAAUGAAAUCAUGGCAGAUGAUAGCGAUAAUGAUAAUGCCACAAUAACAACAGCUACUAUUAAUCGUGAUGGUAGUCAUUCACCAAUAUUGAGUCCAGUACAAACUCCUUCUGAAGACCCACCUAUGACUCCAUUAUAUUUGGGUAAAGCCCAUUCAUCUACUGAUGAUUAUUUUUCACUUGGUGGAAAUCAUAAGAUGACAUAA